AUGGAAGACCGGCUCAAGGAGACAGUUUCUGCGGGUCCGUUCGAGCCUCGUGACGUGACUGGCGGCCGGGUCUUGUUGACCGGAAUGUUCGGGAAAACACCAGAACGCGUUCGCGUAAAUGCCGUGCUAAGUUUUAGCUCUAGUAGUCUGGUGAGAGGAGUCCCGCCGUUACUGAACGUAGUGCUAAGUAUUGAGACGGCGAGGAGACUUCGUGCAAUUCUAUGUUGGUUAAAAUGGACGAAUUGCGAUGAAGUCGAGUGA